AUGGCUGACAUCAUUAACAAAGCCCGCAUCAGACAAAGCUCUGUUGUCAUCACCCUACUUGAUCUGAAGAAUGCGUUCGGCGAAGUCCACCACAAUCUCAUCCAAUCAGUACUCGACUAUCACCGCCUCCCAGAACACAUAAAAUUCGUUAUAAAAAGUUUAUACACUGAUUUACAAACCUCAAUAAUUACCUCCGAAUUCCGCACCCCUUUUAUAUCUGUUGGCCGUGGCGUAUUGCAAGGAGAUUGCCUCAGUCCUCUUCUUUUCAAUAUGUGUUUUAAUACUUUCAUCCAACAUAUAAAAGCUGAAAAGUACCGUCAGUUUGGCUUCUCCUUCAAGCUAUUAAAUCCUAUCCACUGGUUGCAGUUCGCUGAGGACGCAGCCGUAAUCACUGGCCAAGAAUCUGAAAAGCAGCAUCUCUUAAAUCGUUUUUCCAUCUGGUGCCAAUGGUCCAAUAUGAUUAUCAGAGUCGAUAAAUGUAGUACCUUUGGCAUCAAGAAAGUCAUCAGAAAAUCAGUCCAAUAUUUGCCGAAACUCCUCAUCAACAACAAUCUGAUACCAACAAUAAAGACUGGAGAAGCAUUUCAAUACUUAGGACGUUACUUUGAUUUUAACAUGUCGAAUAAUAACCAUAAGACUGAACUAACCACUCUCGUUAAUGAACUAAUGACUGAUAUUGACUCGAAGCCACUCCACCCAAGAAAUAAGCUUCUCGUGUACAGUCGUUAUGUCUUAUCCAAAUUAUCUUGGCAUUUCACCAUCGCAACACUUUCUAAAACAUGCAUUAUUGAAAAUAUUGAUCCCGUAGUCAACCAAUACAUCCGUAAAUGGCUUGAAAUUCCAAUCUCAGGAACACUAAGUACUGUUUUUCUAACUUGUAACAAAUUUGGUCAAAGUAUUUAUCCUCCAUCGGUGAAAUUUAUCCAAUGCCAAACAGUUCUUCGAAAAGCUUUAAAACUUUAUCCUAAUCAAUCAAUUAACGAACUGUGGAAAUCUACUAAUACUCAUACUAAUAUCCAAUACAACCUUGAUAACUCAACCAAAGAAGUGCUUAAAGAUUUUCGCUCUGAACAUGAAGAUAAACUCAAAAACCAAUCAACUUAUCACGGAUCCUUUUUCUCUAAUGUAACAAAAUUCUCCUUGUCGCAUCUUAACAAAGUGUGGUCUACUGCUCAAACAAAACUUCCGAAAAACAUUUAUAACUUUACUAUACGCUAUAUCAAUAACUCUCUUCCGACACGUAUGAAUGCUCCUUUUCAGAAGUGGUCGCUGGAUGUCAGCGUUAUCUCGAUCGAUUUACGUGGAGGCACAAUUUAA